ACUGCAACCACACAGCAGCGAUGAGCCACCACACCACACAGCGCCACUACGACCAGCAUGCCGGCGUGGAGGGAGCGGCGCAACACUGGCGUGAGAGCCGAACCAAGGACCUGCGACGCUUUCACAACAACGUCAAGCGGCGCAUGAUCAACCGCCUCUCCUUUAACACCGAACAGCAUGUCGACAUCGCCUGCGGCAGAGGCGGGGACAUCCGCAAGUGGUGCGACGCACAAAUCCACCACGUCGUUGGUGUCGACUUGUCGCCAGCACAAGUGGUGGAGGCCCAGGAACGCGCACAGCUGAUUGCUGAGGAGUACAGAUCGCGCGGACAAGAAGUUGCCACUCGAUGCGAAUUCUUCCACACCCCAAAUCUUGGCGUGCGACCUCUGGCAUGGCCGCGCCAGUUCGACACCGCGUCAUGCAUGUUCUCUGCCCACUACCUGUUCCACACGCGGGAGACAGCACGCAACUUCUUUCGUAAUGUCUCGCUGGCGCUCAAAGAUGGCGGGCGCUUCUACGGCAUCUUCACAUCUGCACAGGCCGUCCUCUCCCUUCUCAACAAGAAGAGCGAGUACCGGUCUGAGCUGCUGCGUGUGCGCCAGCAGUGGGAGCACGACUACGCGUCCUUUGGCUCCCCGUACACGUUCGCCAUUCUCCACACCGUGACAAACGACAAUCUGAUGGCAGAUGAGUUGGGCGAAGGCACGCCAGAGUACCUCACGUUCUUCGGCGUGUUCACCAAGGUUGCGGCGGAGUUUGGUCUGUAUCCAGACACAGCGUUUGACUGGGAGUGUCCUGCGACGCAGCGGUGGGACCGACAGCGAGACAUUUUCGACCGCGACCCGCCGUACAGGAAGCACGAGGGGUUCCGGUACCUGCGCCCCAGGUAUGACGAGCGACGCAACCCGCGCGACGCUGCGGAUAUGGCCACCAUCACCCGGCUGUACGCCGCGUAUGUGUUUGUGAAGGACACGCGGCGGUUGCAGAGCGAGCGGGCGCGGGAGGAGGUGGUGCAGAUUCCCCACGACGCAGCGCGGCUGUAUCAGCCCGGGGAGGCCGAGGAGCAAGCAGCAGCACGGGCAGUGGCGGCAGAGCAGGGGCAGCAGGAACAGCAGGUGGAAGAGCAGGUGGAUGAUGACGGUGAUGGUGGUGAUCAAGGCGGGGAUCAAGGCGCCGUGGAGAAGAAACCGAAGCAGGAAGGCCAUCGGGAGGAGGCUGUAGGACCUCGGAAGCAUCCAGAUCAGCAUCCAGAUCAGCAGCUUCAAGCACAAGAGCAGCAGCAAGGACAGGAGCAAGCGGCACAGUCGCGGGCGAAGCGCAGAUACGAUGAGAGCCAGUGAUGACAUGAGGCACAUCUACCAACGCAUUUGAGCUGCACCACAACAGCGGACUGCUGGUUUGUCGUUCAUUCUUUAUUGUGAUGUUGGCUUCAACCCGAUGCUGGGAGGCACACGAGGGCAGGCGGGGCGACAUGGGCAGGCCACACAGACGCGCACAACCCGCACUCGCCACACAAGGCCUGGCCGUCGCCACACCCAACACGCUGUUCUGCUUCUUCUAAACAGGCAAACACAC